CAGAAUCCAUCCGAGUGCGCACGGAGUCCAUGGAUCAGAGCAAUUUGCAGCACUGUUGAGUUUUGUAGCAGCGAAACACCCCUCAAAGAAAACCCCUUCAUCUUUAGUCAUGACGCUUCUCUGAGAGGGAGGCUUUAACUUUUCCAACUUAUUUUUAAGGUUUUUUGGUUUCUUCUUCUUCAGUCCAAAGAUGAUGUUCUCGUCUGCAGGAAAGCGCUGCUUCACUAUCGAGUCUCUGGUCGCCAAAGAGAACCCUCUAACUCCGGAGGAUCCCAUCCGUCCCACCGCGCUGAGCUACUCCAACCCGGCGACAGAUGUUUUAAUGAACAGUUACCAGGCUCCACAGGCCCGCUCCCUGUACCAGACCCCGGACCUGGUGUUCCCAGAGAGCCACCCCUCCCUCACCGUGGCCCCUCACCAGCUCGGAGGAUCACACCUCCAGCAUCCGCACUUCUUCGGGACGCAACACCGAGACCCGCUCAACUUCUACCCCUGGGUGCUACGGAACAGGUUUUUUGGACACAGAUUUCAAGGUAACGAUGUGUCCCAGGACAGCCUGCUCCUCCACGGUCCGUUCGCCAGGAAACCCAAACGCAUCCGGACGGCCUUCUCGCCCUCGCAGCUCCUCCGCCUGGAGAGAGCCUUCGAGAAGAACCACUACGUCGUCGGAGCCGAGCGGAAGCAGCUGGCGAACGGCUUGAGUUUGUCUGAAACACAGGUGAAGGUGUGGUUCCAGAACAGGCGGACCAAGUACAAGCGCCAGAAGCUGGAGGAGGAGGGACCGGAGAGCCAGCAGAAGAAGAAGGGAAACCACCACAUCAACAGAUGGCGGCUCGCCACCAAGCAGGCCAGCUCCGAGGACAUCGACGUGACCUCAGAGGACUAAAAAAA